AAGAUAACUACUCUUUCUUUUCUUUCUGAGCAAAAAAGAAAGAAAGAAAAAGGAUAUGACUCCUCCUGAGUGUGGAGAAAUUUACUGUGGAUAAAAGGUAGAGCAUAGCCAGAGGCAGGGACAUCUGGGAGAGUCCACAUGACCAAACUGAGCUGGACACAAAGGAGAGGGGAUGGAAGGCCAGAAAACCGGAUGCAUCAGCAAAGAGGCUCACAGGCGGGUGCUACCUCUAUGUGGGCUUCAUGCUGUGGACUGCUGAAUGAAGUCAUGGGAACUGGAGCUGUCAGAGGCCAGCAGGCAGGAUUCCCAGGAAGCACUGGUCCAUUCAGGUUUACACCGAGUUCUGACUUUCCUACCUACCCACCAGCAGCUACGGAAGGACCCAAUAUAGUUUGCAAAGCCUGUGGACUUUCAUUUUCAGUCUUUAGAAAGAAGCACGUCUGCUGUGACUGCAAGAAGGACUUUUGCUCCCUUUGUUCAGUCUCACAAGAAAACCUCCGCAGAUGCUCUACUUGUCACCUACUCCAAGAGACAGCCUUCCAGCGUCCUCAGUUGAUGCGACUAAAAGUGAAGGACCUGCGGCAGUAUCUGCUCCUCAGAAACGUACCGACCGACACUUGUCGUGAGAAGGAGGACUUAGUGGAUCUAGUGCUGUGCCAUCGUGGACUGGGCUCGGGGGAUGGCCUGGACUCAAGGAGCCUCAGUUCCUCAAGAUCCCAGACUUCUAGUUUUUUUACACAAUCCUAUUUUUCAAAUUAUACACCCCCCUCUGCUACUGUGUCCUCCUUCCAGGGAGAGCUGAUGGACAGAGAGGGCACCUUCAGGUCAGAAGUUCUCACACAGGUACAAAGUGAAUUAGCUUCAGCAAACACGGAUGAUGAGGAUGAGGAGGAAGAUGACGACGACGACGAUGAUGACGAUGAUGAUGACGAUGAACAAGAAGAAAACUUAGAGGAACAGAACCCGGGGCUCUCUAAGAAGAAGGCGAGAGCUUCCCUGUCUGACCUGUCAAGCCUUGAAGAGGUGGAAGGGAUGAGCGUGCGCCAGCUGAAGGAAAUCCUGGCUCGGAAUUUUGUCAACUAUUCUGGCUGUUGUGAAAAAUGGGAGCUGGUGGAGAAGGUCAACCGGCUGUACAAGGAGAAUGAGGAAAACCAAAAGUCAUAUGGUGAACGGAUGCAACUUCAGGAUGAGGAAGACGACAGCCUGUGCCGAAUCUGCAUGGAUGCGGUCAUUGACUGUGUCCUGCUGGAGUGUGGGCACAUGGUCACCUGCACCAAGUGCGGCAAGCGCAUGAGUGAGUGUCCUAUCUGCAGGCAGUAUGUGGUUCGAGCUGUGCAUGUUUUCAAGUCCUGAAAUUGAGGCCCCUACAGUGGGACACUCACAUGACCCCAAACAUUUCAGUGCACUAAAGGGACUGGAAACUUACUGUUCUAAGGCAGAAGCUAUUUUUUAAAAUUAUUUUCAUGACUAACUGGGGACAGAAAGUUCAUCCUAAGUCUUAGAAACCUGGGCUGUGCCAUAGGCCCAUCAACUGUGGACACAUGGCUUCCCAGGUUCUGCUGAGUUCUGUCACUUGUCUCCCCUGAGCACUAGGUGAAGCCAGACUGUUCAGUGUGGGUGUGGAGGCCACUCGCCUGUCUCUUACUUUACCUUUAUCCUGUGUUUGACACUUUUGUUCUCUGAACUGAGCUCACUGUUCGUGACUGGGCUAGUGUGGGCUCUCCUGAGCCGUAGCUGCUCGGAAUGUUCACCUGAUUAGCCAUGUAUAUUCUAAAUGCUAAUACUUAAUGAAUGUAAGUUUCAACAUUAUUGCUAUUUCUGCAUUUAAACAUAAUUGGGAGACAACUGACAUUCUAUAGUCCACUGCCCGGGCCUUAGACUAUACGUCCAUUUUUGUUUGGGUACAGCUUUUAAUAGCAAGGGCUGCAUCUAGCUUCUUAUCUUAGAAGUGUAUGUGUGCUAAAUUCUUUAUUAAUAUGUAAUCAAUUUACAAUGUUUUGUAUAGUGAAGGUGUAUUUUUAGUGCUACCUGCUAGUAAUUUCAACUUUAGGAAUAAAAUUAAAUUAAAAGGCUGUUGUAGUUUC